AUGGCCAAACGAUCAGGGCGAGAUCUAGAGGUCCAGGACUUAGAUCCAGAAGGCCAUACAACAGUUACAUUCAGAUAUGAUCCCACAACUCAGAAGUUUCAGGUUCAUCGUCCCCAGCGAAUGUUGUCGCCCAAGUCAUCUUUGCUCACGAAAUGCAUGGCGCCCUUCCUGCCAGCAGGAUAUCCCUCAUCUGUCCGAGCGGAUUAUACUCCCUACCAGAUCUACGAUUCCAUCCAGGCAUUUGCCUCUACCAUUGCAGGAUUGCUAGCCUCACGCGCCGUCUUCGUUGGAAUGGGUGUCGGGUCUGAGGAUGCCUCGCUCGUGACCACCAUGUUAUUGUACAUUGCGCAAGAAACCAUUGGGCGGGUUGCCACUAUUUUAUUCGCCUACCAGUUUUCGCAGAAGAUUGAAGCAGAAGUCAAGUUCUAUCGCUUCUUUGCCGACAUUGUCAACGAUAUGGCCUUCAUUCUGGACUGCCUGAGCCCAGGUCUGCCACUUUUGGGGCGAAUCUGCACACUCUGUGUCAGCAAUGCGUGCAGAGCCAUCUGCGGAGUCGCUGGUGGGAGCAGCAAGGCAAUCUUAAGCUCCCAUUUUGCAAAGGAAGGCAAUAUCGGAGAACUCAAUGCCAAAGACGGCAGUCAAGAGACUGUUGUCAGCUUGGUCGGAAUGUGGGCUGGAGGUUUGCUUGUCAGCAAGGUGCAGGGCACUUUCGAGACUUGGUGCUGCUUGAUACCCUUGCUAGCAAUGCACCUGUGGGCGAACUGGAAAGCUGUGAAGAGUGUGCGUCUGACUUCACUCAACAAAGACAGAGCCACUAUGCUAUUCAGCGCGCUUCUUCAGGGCAGGGUCAAAGGUCUAAAUGAGAUCGGCGAAGAGGAACCGAUCUUGGGGCUCGGAAAGAUACUACGUGCCUUCACUGACCAGAACGCCUUCCAAGUCGGUGUUAGCGUCAACAAGUUCCUGCAACACUUACCUGGAGAUGUCAAUAAUUCCCCGCGAAAAUACAACCAUUUCGCUCAGCUGCUGAGCGUGUUCCAGGGAGAAGAUUAUCUGCUCUGGUACGAUGUGCAAUCAAACCAAGGAUUCGUGCUGCUGAAAGAAUCAGCCAAGGGCGAUACCCAGGCAAAAGCACUCUGCCACCUGCUUCGAAUAUCAAUGCAACUGAAAGCAACCACAAAACCUGCGAUCUUAUCACAGCAGCAUGACCUUGCCCAAACCCAUCAAGACGUCUUCGGAGCCACACCGAGUCAUGACAGUCCUGAGGAGAAGCUCAACAUCCAGGAUCAGUCCUUGCACUCGUACGAUGAACUUGACCCAACCGUUCACCUAAUUGUUGAGACACUCCGUGAGCAUCGGCAAGAAUGGCAAAAUAUGCAGGACCUCGUCCAGCGCACUGGCUGGGAGCUCAAUCUCACAAAUCUCGUCAGGGGGGAUUGUCACCGCAUCCGAAUGGGCGGAGCUUCGCCUGAGAACAAAAAAGACAAAUGA